AUGGGGGAGGAAGAGGAAGAGGAGGAGGUGGAGGAGGAAGAAGAGGAAGACAACACCGAUAAUGCUGAUAAUGAUGAUGAUGAUAAUGAUGAUGAUAACGAUGACAGAGGCGAUAAUGCUGCCAAUAACAUGGAAAUCAUCUCCAACGAGAUUAGCAACGUCGAUGACAACGGCGAUGAUGGAGAGGAGGAGGAGGAGGAAGAGAGGGAGGAAAUAACUCAGGAAGCAACAGAGGAAGAAGAUAACAGAUAUUACGUGCCUCUUGGAAAUGAAGUACAAAUAGGCGGUGGUGCUGAGCGUCUUACAUCGCAGCACACUCGAGAAGAAAUGCCGCUGGAAGAAGAAUCCUCACAAAAUUCCACCGGCGAACAACGUCAUCAUCAUCAUCGUCAGCAGCAGCAUCAGCAGCAGCAGCAACAGCAGCAGCAGCAGCAUCAACAGCAGCAGAUCGAGGAAAACGAUCGGGAACGUCAUCGUCGACAGGAGGAGGAGGAGGAGGAGGAGGAGGAGGAGGAGGAGGAGGUUAGAGAUAAUUUUACUUUUAUAGAUUUAAGGGCGGAAAACUCGCGUCGGUUUAGGAAUUUCGCGUUAUUAGGGAGAGAGGCAACUUUCGCGAUACGACCGCCACCCGAGGGUACCGAUAUCGUUCGAUGGAUAGAAAACGCGUUCCGUGAAAUUAGGACGUACGCGCUACAUUCGUGCGAACCGAACGAUUACGUAGGAUUAUCGUUCGAAUCGGCGGAUCUAGCGCGCGGUCCGGCCGGUCUAUCGUUUCGUCCAGCACGCGACUUAACUCACGAGGACAUAUGGCAACUCGUGAGUUCGUUGGCGCAAAGUGCCGGAGGGUUCGAUAUCGCGGAAAAUUUUACCGUGCGUGUUUUUAAAGUCUCGGUACCCGCAGGUCGCGGACGUCAAUCUAAUAGAUUGACUCGCGAAGACAUAGCCAAACGCUCGAUUUUACAAAUAAAUAACACAGACAAUUUGUGUUUUCCCCGUUCGAUCGUAGUGGCUCGCACAUAUCAAGAGCGCGGGCAACUUCGUACGGGGGAAUUGCAAGAAAAAUGGGAAUCCGUGAGAUACCAGCGUUCUUCGUUACAGCGUAAGCUGGCCGAAGAAUUAACGAAAUCCGCUGGUAUCACUAUUCCCGAGGAAGGCUGUGGUAUUCGUGAAAUCGAGCAAUUCCAACGGAUUCUCGCUACCGAAAACAUUGCUAUAAUGGUAUAUAAUUUUAGAACUUUCGGUCGAGGCGAGAAUCCGAUGUAUGACGGCUGCUCGUUACUUUCCUCCCUAGGUCGCGAAUCCUCGUGCCGUUUAAACGUAAUGUAUUACGAGGGCUCGCGACAUUAUAAUCCUAUACUAAAUUUAAAAGCCGCCGCCGGUUCUCGUGGAGGAUAUUGCGUAGCGUGCAACGUGGGCUUUCGUAACAAUCGAGGGCAUCGGUGCUCAAAAAAAUGCCCACGUUGCUACGCCACCCCGUCUUGCGAGCUCCCCGACGUUGAGCUGAUUAAGUGCGAUUCGUGCGCUCGCGUCUUCUUCGGACGCCCGUGUUUCGAUCGUCAUCGAACGCAGGGAUCGUAUAAUCAAUCCCUCUCAAGCGUUUGCGAAUCCAUUAAAAUUUGCAACGGUUGCGGGCGAUUGAUUAAUUCAAAAUCGCGACACGAUUGCGACGUAAUUUAUUGUAAAACGUGCCGUUCGUUACGGUCUUCGAAUCAUUUGUGUUACAUGCGGCCUCUUUGUCGUAAAGCCACAGUAGAAAACCCUGGAGAGGGUACAAGUACUAUGGCGUUGCGAGAAGAAAAUCCGCAAACAAAUACGAAUGACGCCGAAGACGCGGACGAGCGUGUUAAAAAAGAUCGCGUCGCAUUCGUGUUUUAUGAUUUCGAAACGCGGCAAGACGAAACGCUCGAAGGAACGGAGAACGUAAGAAUUCACGUUCCAACUCUCUGCGUCGCGCAACAAAUUUGCGAAGCGUGCGCGGGAAUAGAGGCCAUGUCUUUGCGAUGUCGUUGGUGUGGAGUGCGCGAAUUCGUAUUUAGUAGAGACCCCGUAAAAGAGUUUGUCGAUUUCGCGACGCGCUCAUCUAAAUAUUUUAAAAAAUUUAUCUGUAUCGGGCAUAAUGCUAAAGCAUUUGACGCUCAAUUUAUUUUAAAGUACAUCGUUGAAAAGUCGGGAAUAACGGAAGAACCUCGGGUGAUUUUGAACGGAACGAAAAUUAUCGUUAUGACGGUUGGACGUACAAAAUGUAUCGAUAGCUCAAAUUAUAUAUCUAUGCAGUUACUCAAGGCUUUCGGGCUGCAGGAUACUCUGGGUAAAGGUUUUUUUCCUCAUUUGUUUAAUUAUUGAUAUUAUUCGCCCGAACAAAUGAAACCCGAGGAACACGAGCGUUUUAUGGUUUGGCACGAGGAAAUGUCGCGUUCGAAUUUCGAUUUUAAUUUUAAACAGGAGAUAAUAAAAUAUUGUCGAAACGACGUAGAUAUCCUUCGACGCGCGUGCAUGGCGUUCAGAAAAAUCUUUUUAGAACGCGGAGACGUGUGUCCGUUCGCAGAAUGCACGACUAUCGCUUCAACAUGUAUGAAAGUUUUUCGUAAAAACUUUUUACGUGAGGAAGAAAUAGGAAUCAUUCCACCGGGCGGAUAUAGAUAUAAAGAUAAUCACUCGCACAAAGCCCUGCAGUGGUUAGUGUGGAUGGAGCGCGAGCUCGGGCAUCCUAUCCAUGCAGGGCGAGGCCGCGAGUAUCGAAUUGCCGGUACAUCCGUCGACGGAUAUUACGAAGUCGAAUCAGAGAACGAGACGUCGCGUUACGUGUUACAAUUUCACGGUUGUUUUUGGCACGUUGUCCCAGCUGUUCAAAUCAAUCGCGAAAGACUUACGUCCGGGGUGUCGCGCGAAGAUACAAUCGACGCACGAUACGAACGAACUUUCGCAAUGACAUGGCGUCUUCGACAACGAAGAUAUAGGGUGAUAGAAAAACGGGAUUGCUGCGAAACGUUCUCGCAGGCCGAGUGCAUUCACUAUUUCCGCGCUGAUCGUGAAUUCGUAGGAGCGUGGGUAUCCUGCGAAUUGCGCAAGGCUCUCGAGAAAGGUUAUCUCGUAACGAACGUGAGCGAAAUAUGGCAGUUUACAGUCACGCGGCUCGAUCCUCGUACGAGGCAGGGUGGUUUGUUUACCGAAUAUAUCAACAGUUUUUUGAAAUUAAAGCAGGAAGCUAGCGGAUGGCCGAGCGAAUGCCUGGAUGACGAGAUUAAGGAACAGUAUCUUCGGAAAUACGAAAAAACCGAAGGUAUUGUUUUCAAUAAAAACAAUAUCGCCCGAAAUCCAGGUUUACGUUCGGUCGCAAAGCUCUGCCUGAAUUCUUUCUGGGGUAAAUUCGGCCAAUGA